AUGGAAAAAGAAAGGUUAUUGCCCUCCCAUAAUGAGGAGGAAUCUGCUGAGGCCAUCAAUGCCACUUCCCCAUCUUUAUUCUCAAACAUUUUCAGCUGUCUUCCCACCUACAAGAAGAAUGACGAAUCUCAUUUGGAUGAAAUGAUAGCUGCAGACGACCCUUUGGACCAUGAGCCACUCCCACACUUGCCUCCAAGUCUUAAAGUGGAAUCGUCCUUGAAUUCUGGCGAGAGGCUCACUAAACUCCGCCAAUUGAUGAAAGAUCAUGGCAUCUCUGUCUAUUUAGUCCCUUCAGAGGAUGAACAUCAAUCAGAGGAGACUGGACUCUCUGAAAAGAGAAGAGAGUUUCUCUGUGGCUUCACAGGAAGUGCUGGUAUCUGUGUGGUAACAUUGGAUUCGAAAGAAGAAUUGGAGGGUGAAGCGGCGUUAUCAACUGAUGGACGCUACUUUCUCCAAGCGGAACAGCAGUUGGACCCCAAGUACUGGCGCUUGUUGAAGCAGGGAAUGGCUGGUUAUCCAACAUGGGAGCAAUUUGCGUUUGAAAAAGCUGCCGAAAGCAAGUUCUCCAAUGUGAUCUCUUGUGACCCCAAGCUUCUCAGCUUAUACAAGGGAGAGUACUUCACAAAUAUGCUGAAGCAUAAGGGCGUGCAAUUCAAGACAUUGCUAGAGACAAAUUUGGUGGAUGAGGUCUGGGGACCUGAGAAACCUUCUCGUCCUACUGACCCAGUCUACUCCUUGCCAUUGGAUUUUGCAGGAGAGACGACUUCAAGUAAGCUUCUCAGAGUUAGAGAAUAUCUCGCGGAUAAAGAAGCCACGCAUUUAUUGAUAACUGCACUUGACGACAUUGGAUGGCUCCUCAAUUUGCGGAGUGAUGUGGACAUUCCUUUCUCUCCAUUCUUCUACUCUUAUGUUAUAGUCACUGGGGACUCUGUUGUGCUCUACGCCCAGGACGAAAAAUUGAAGAACGUACGUGAGCACUUGGGCAGUAUUAAGGGACUCACUAUUAAGCCAUAUGGGCAGUUUUAUGGAGACUUGUCCAUGCUCAAAACGACCAUUUCCAAACCUGAUAUCAAAAUGGUACUUCCAUCCAAGAACGCAUGCAAUUAUGCUUUGGUGAACUCACUACCACAAUCAUCAGCUAAGCAGGGAAUUAUUUACGAUUCUGUUGUUGCAACUAUGAAGCUUUUCAAGAAUCCAACGGAACUCUUCAACGCUAAAAUUGCUCAAAGCAAGGACUCGCUUGCAUUUAUAGUUUUUUCUGCCUGGUUGGAGAACCAACUCAUUCAUAAGAAAGCCAAAGUUGACGAAUGGCAGGCUGCCCAGAAAAUUUACAGCAUCAGGUCUAAACUUCCUAAUUUCAAAGGCUUGUCUUAUGAGACCAUUUCUUCGAGUGGUCCUAACGCUGCAAUCAUUCACUAUGCACCUUCUCCUACCCAGCAUUCAGUUAUUGAUCCAACAGUUCCGUACUUGAUUGAUUCUGGUGCUCAUUAUUUAGAAGGUACUACUGACAUCACCAGAACUUAUAAAUUUGGCUACGAAGGGUUGACGAAAGAAUAUAAGAAGUUUUAUACGCUUGUCCUCAAAGGACAUUUGGCCGUUGCUAUGGCAAAAUUCCCAGCUGGUUCCACUUCGACAGGUGCUAUUCUUGAUGCUUAUGCCAGACAACCAUUGUGGAAUGAGGGCUUGGACUUCAAUCAUGGCACUGGUCAUGGAGUUGGCAGCUUUGGCAAUGUUCAUGAGGGUCCUCUUUACAUUUCCACCACUGCUGGCGGUGCAAGCCACGACGAUUUGUUCAAAAAGGGUGCCAUUCUCACCGACGAACCUGGAUAUUACGUUGACGGCGAAUAUGGAUUUAGAGUUGAAAGUGAACUUGAAAUUGUUGAAACGGACGAUUCCUUUGGCAAAACGAGAAGUGGAGGUAAGUACUUGGGAUUCAAUUACCUCACCAAGGUUCCUUUCUGUCGGAAAUUGAUUGAUGCUAAGUAUUUGGCUCCGGUUGAAAUCACUUGGAUCAAUGAGUUCCAUUUGGCAGUCAAAGCUGAGUUUGGUCCUAAGUUAUUGAGACUUGGAGACAAGAGGGCAUAUGCCUGGCUCGUAAAAGAGACAGCACCCAUUUAA